UUUAAAGAUGUCUAAUUCAAAUGAAUAUUAAUAGAUUUCUGUUUGGUCUAAAAUUUGGAAGUAAGGAACUUAAAAAGUUGAAGUUGAAAUGUGGGAUUAAAUUUUAAAGUAACUUGUGAAGACUGAAAUUCAAAUCACAAUUAACAAAGAUAAAUCAAUCAUCUACUAAUACGACGGAGUAAUAUUGAGAAAGUAAAUUAUCACUUAUAAGUUAUAAAAGAGAUUCAUUUAAGUUUUAGCCCAAGAAUCCCUUUUUUUUGACAAACAUGGGAAUGAUCAAGUAUCUCUAAUGGUAAAUUGUAGAAGAUGAUAAAAAAAAAUUGGUUAAGUGGAUGGCUAAUUGGAAUGGAGAAGCCCUAAUAGAAGUUGGUGGGUACUUUGAGGAUGGAGUAAAAUUAGGUUUUUGGUAGGAAAGUAUUAAAUAUUAUUCGUGGUAAUUUUUAAUCCUAUAAAUCUAAUUAUAGUAAAUCUCAAUUAUAUUAAAAAGGACAGUAUGUAAAUGAUCAAUAAAGAGGGAUUUGGAAAUACACUUGUAAUAAUAAUAUGAUGUACUAUCUUCAUUAAUGAUAAAGUGGUGGUGGAUAAUACAAUCUUUAAGGCGUGAAAGUAGGAAAAUGGAUUGAGUUGGAUGAUUAUUUUAAGGAGAAUUCGCAAGUAAUUUAUAAUGGUGAAUUCAAAAAUGGAAAAAAAAUUGGUAUUUGGGAAACUGUAUAUCAGGGUAAAUAGAUGUAUAAUUAUAUUAAAAAUAAAAUGUAGUGGAGGCGGAUUAUAUUUUGAGUCUAAAGGAGAAUAAGUGAAGACUGGAAAGUGGUGCGAAUUGAGUAAUGGAUUUAUGGAUACUUCACAAGUCACCUAUAUUGGAGUAUAUAAGGAUGGUAAAAAACUUGGAAGAUGGGAUGUUUGGUGGUUGUAAGAUAAACAAUAAUAAGUCAUGUAAAUAUAAAAAUAAAGUUUAAGCGGAGGCGGUUUAUAUGAUGAUAUAGAUUCAAUCAAGAUUGGGUAAUGGAUUGAAGUGAGCGAUAUGUUUAAAAAAGAUUCAUAAGUAACUUUUAUUGGCGAGUAUAAAAAUGGUAUGAAAAUUGGUAAAUGGAAUAUUUUGUAAAAACAUGAAUUGAUGUAAAUUUUCGAAAAUAAUAUUUGUAGUGGAGGUGGGUCAUAUAAUUUAGGAAGCUCAUAGAAGAAUGGAAAAUGGAUUGAAUUAAGUGAUAGGUUUGAAAGUAAUUCUUAAGUUAUUUAUAAUGGCCAAUAUAACAACGGGUAAAAAGUUGGAAGGUGGGAUAUUCUAUUUAGAGAGGAAGAUGGAUUUUUCAAAAUGUAAUAUAUUAAAUAUCAGUUUAGUGGUGGAGGAUCAUAUGAUUAAGUAUCUUCACUUAAAAUUGGAAAAUGGAUUGAGUUGAGUUAAUCGUUCAAUCUGUAUUCAUAAGUCACGUUUAUUGGAUAAUAUAAAGAUGGUAAAAAAGUUGGUAAAUGGACGACUUGGUUUAGGGAUUUUAGGAAUGGAAGGAAUUUAUAGAUGUAAAUUUUCACCAAAUAAAAUGUUUUUAGUGGAGGUGGAUUAUAUGAUGAAGAUAGUUCAAUUAAAGUUGGAAAAUGGACUGAGUUGAGUGAUGGUUUCCACUUUCUUUCGUAAGUAACCCAAACUGGCGAGUAUAAAUAUGGAUAAAAAGUUGGUAAAUGGAAUAUUAUGUAUAAGCAAUAUGAGGAUUCAAGCUUUCAAUAAAUGUAAAUAUAUUAAAAGAUAUUAAGUGGUGGCGGACUAUAUGAUAAAGAAUAUUCAAUUAAAAUUGGAAGGUGGAUAGAGUUGAGUGAUGGGUUUUAUAAGUGGUCUUAAUUAGUUUAUAAAGGUGAAUAUAUGAACGGAAGAAAAGUUGGAGCGUGGGAUAUUGAGUAUGAAGGAAUAAAAAUGUAAUUAAUAAUUUUAUACGACAUAUAGAGGUGGUGGAUAAUAUGAUGAAUAAUUUUCAAUGAAAAUUGGCAGCUGGAUUGAACCAAGUGAUGAUUUUUAUGUGGAUUUUUAAGUUAUUUAUAAUGGUAUCUAUAAAAAUGGUAAAAAAAUUGGUAGAUGGGAUAUUAUAUUUCGAUUUAGCAUAAAUAAUUCUUUCAAACAAAUGUAAGAGUUAAUUUAAAAAUAUAAUAUUAGUGCUGGAGGAUAAUAUGAAGAAGGAAUGAAGAUAGGGGAUUGGGUUGAAUUAUGUGAUGAGUUUAAUAAGGAUUAUUAGAUAGUUUGUAAUGGUGAAUAUAAAAAUAAUAAGAAAGUUGGUAAAUGGGCUAAAAUGGAUAUCAGUAGAAAAAGAUGA